ACUGCUUUUCCUGACUUCUCCACUGCAGUGCUCAGUCAGUUCAGUUGAUUGUUGAUUGUUGACCGCAGUGGAUCGUAGCAGUGGGUGUGACAAUUAUACAUUUUUCUUCUUCUUUUUUUUUUCAUAAUUAUUAAAUAUUAUUAUUAUUAUUAUUUAUAAUUAUAAAAAUGGGUCUUGCUGAUUACAAGGAUGUUGUUGGUACAACAGCUUCUGUUUGCACCAUGGCACAAAUGUUUUCGGGAAUGCUCGUCUGUCGAGAUAUUUACAAGCAAGGCACUGCUGAAGGAAAAGAUCCAAUUCCAUUUGUUGGAGGUAUUGGAAUGGGAAUGCUCAUGCUAGUCUAUGCUUUACUAAUGAAGGACACAGCUAUGAUUAGUGUCAACGUUUUUGGUUUAACGAUAAGCAUUUUUUACGUUAUCUUUUUUUUUCUCUACACACCAAAUAAGAGGGAAUUAGUCAAGACAUUUGCUACAGUUAUGGCAAUUACAAUUGGAUUUUUAACAUAUGCAUGGCUCGAAGAUCCAGACAAACUUGAAUUCAGAUGGGGACUAUUAAUUACUGUUGUUUUAUUUUUAUUAAUUGGUGCUCCAUUAUUUAAUCUUAAAGAAAUAAUUCGCACAAAAAACACAGAUAUACUUCCAUUUCCAAUGAUACUCAUGGGAACAAUUGUUGCAUCUCAAUGGCUUCUUUAUGGAAUUAUUCUUGAAAAUCAUUUUAUGAUUUUUCAAAAUGUUGUUGGAUUGGCUCUUCAAAUUGUUCAAUUAUCACUAUUUGUCAUAUAUCCAAGCAAUGCAGAUAAAAAAUUACAAGAAUCCAAAAAGAAAGAAUAAAUACUUGGUCAACAAAAAAAUAAAAAUAAUAAUAAUUAUUGAGCUGGACUCAUGUAAAAAUAUAAAUAAUAAUAAUAUUAAAAAUGAAAAAAUAAAAAUGUCAAAUCAUAUUACAAUGACAAUGACAGACAAUAAAUUUAUUUUUUCAAUAGAUCCAGACGAUAACUAUCUUAAUUAUUAUUAUCAUUACUUUUUGUUAUGACAUGAUUUUUUUUUUUUUUUUUUUUUUUUUAUCUUUGAAUAAGUAAAUAAAAUAUAUUACAAAGUCAUUGAAAAA